AAAGCUUACGAGCGUCUUCCGUGUUGAGCAGCUGAUUAGGCGGCAUCCGGGUUGCGAGGGGCAACAAGUUGUGGAAGCUGAGGAGGUCGCGUCUGGAUUGAGGAAAUUCCUGUAUUAGACCCCCCUGCUAGAUGGUACCUGCCUGCUCCGUCAUACUGAGAAUAUGGCCUUGUCCUUUGGAAUCAAUAGGUCUGCGGUGGCUUAUUCUAUGACCACACUUGGUGCGGGGAUGAUGAACGCUGUCUUUUACUUCUACUACGUGAAGCUGUUUCUUAACCGGUACAAGAUAUCUGAAGCUGCGUUUCAUCAAGCACAGGUUGUAUUCAUGAUUUGGAAUGCUAUUAAUGACCCGCUGUUUGGUUAUGUACAAGAUAAUUCCAAAGUCCAGUGCUGCAAUCGACGUCGUCAUUCCAUACUGUAUGGAGCCCCGUUGUAUGGCUUAGCCUUCCUGCUGCCUUGGUUCCCGUGGAAAGCUUAUUCUGAAGGUGAUUGGCUUAGCGGCCUUCAUCUUAUGGUGGCCCUGUGCGUGUUUGAUGGCAUGCUUACGUUUGUUCUUCUAGCCCAGUGUGCCCUUUUUGCCGAAAUGUCCAGCAAACACGAAAGCCGACUCCAGCUUAUAAAAUAUAACCAGGUGGCCUCAUUGUUGGGCUCUUCGAGCAUCUUGAUCUGUGGGCUGGUGUCCGACAACAUGGAAAAUUUCACAAGCUUUCAGGUCUUUACAUUGUUUCUAGCUGUUGCCUCCACUGCAUGCAUGUGUUACACUGGUGUGUUUGGAGUAAGCCAGUACGAGCAGAUGCCGAAAACUUCUGAUAGCAGUCGAACCGAGUCUGAGCUUUCAUGGGCCGCAGUCUUGACCCUUACCAAGCAAAUCCUCACACAAAAGAACUUUAUCCUUUUUGUUUCUAUGAAUUUUUUUCAAGUCUUUCACAGUACUUUCUGCAGCAACUUCAUGAUUAUUUUCGCUGACAAUCUCAUCCCUAAAGAUGCGCUGCCAUCUUAUGUAAGGAGCAUCAUGUAUGGAGCCGGCUUCAUUUGCCCUCAGCUGCUUGUGCUAGCCAAUCACUAUUUGCUGUCCAAGAUCGGCUACUACAAAGUGAUCCUGUAUAUUUUCUACAUAGAAGGAAUUAUGUCAGUUUUGAUGUAUUUAAUAGGACCUCAGCACUACUAUAUAUUGGCUGUGUUUCUGACAGCUAACAUGGUUCUUGUGCAUGCCGCUUUUAGUUUAUUUAAUCUUCCUCUUGCUGAUAUUGUGGAUGCUGACUUGGAAAAAUACAAACGCAAGUCUCCACUAUCCUCUAUGGUGUUUGGAACAAACGCUCUCUUCACAAAGCCUGCUCAGUCCCUUGCUCCUAUGUUGGUUGUUACAGUACUGAACAAAUAUGGAUACGAAUAUUUAACCAGCAAGACUGCUAUACCAGAUCCCAGUUUGUUUUUAGGUCUCCAUGAUGCAAUGUUUAACUUGGCCUGCAUUAUUCCUUUAUGUAUUGCCGCAGUUCAGAUCUUCCUUUGGACACCUUAUUCUAUCCGGAGUAGCCAUGUGGUUUCUGCAUAUUAAAGGACUCCCUGGAUAUUCUCAUAAAGGAUUAUUUAAGUAGAUAAGAAGGACAGAGAACUGGUGCCUUAUCACAGUGACUUAUUUAACACGGGCCUGGUAUGUGGCCUGUACUUUACAAAUCUUAGGUAUCUCUAAGAAAAUCAUCUGUUGGGUUUACUUUUUUAAAUUUCUACACUAGAAUUUAUAUUGAAGGUUUUACUGGAUGCUCUGAUCAGUUUAUAAACUAGGUUCACCUUUAAGGUGCCAUUUAAGGCUAUAGCACGCUGUGUUUUGCACUUAAUCAAAUCACCCGUGAGUUUUGCAAGUUGGUCUCACGACAGGAUUACCAGCCACCGGUUUAAUGAUUAUCCCAUGAAAAUUUGAGUGCUGGACUACUACUGGUUCUUCCUAGUGCUCUCAAAAGGGAAACUACUAAGAACAAGCCAGCUGUAAGUCACAGGUAUAGCAGUAAAAGUGCUGUGUGCCGUAGCCAUUAAGACCCUUGAAGACUAUUAUUGCAUUUUGGAGGCAUAAAGAAAUACAUGUUUUGUAAAUUACAAAACAUAUAUUUUAUGUCUCCAAAAUUCAGCACUAACUGCAUUUUGGAGACAUAAAUUAUAUGUUUUGUAAUCUACAGUACAUCCAACACAAUUCUAUCUGAAAAAAAUAUAAACACUUGAAGUGAGGUGGGUAUUUGGUGGAUUUUUUUAGCAUAAUGGUGGAUUACCGGGGCAGAUAAGGGGUGUGGCUGUGACUUUUUUUUAUUUUUAUUUGGACCCCAUUUUACUUGUUGGCUGAGUUCUUGGCCCAGGUUACCAAUGGGCUAAUAAUAACUGGGGCUCCCGGGGGAGAGGGAUUGGCUUAGUAAUGUGACGCCCUAUGCUUCUUUAUGAUGCCCCU